CGAUUUCAUUUCCUUGCAAAUGCAGGCCAGAGCAGGCAAGCACAUAUCAAAACAACAGUUGUUUUUAUUAAACCUUUUUUUUUUUGCUGAGUUUAGGCGUCGAGAAUUUGUUGUGUCUUAAUUUUUAUAGGUUCGCUUGUUAGUUGUUCGUAGCUCAGGAUUUAACAAAAAUACAAAAUAAAAGAUGUCUCGCGGAGGAUUUGGCCGCGGUAAGCGUUUGUUCGAGACUACACCGGAUGAAACACGCCUCUCCUCGCAGGAAUCAUCAAAUUCAAGCGGCGCUGGUGGUGACAAAUCUGUAAAAGACAGUGGCAUCGAUUCGAGGAGUCCCACUUCCAGUUCGGAUCAUCAACGACUGGGCAGAGGUAAACUAUUGCAACAACUUUCACUAGCAUCAACUGCGACACAUGAACCAACGGGACGAGGAAGCGGGCGCGCUUCAGUCAUUGCAACACUCCUGAAUUCUUCGAAUUCAACGUCAGAUAGCAUCGUCUUCCCCGGAGCAGCAAGAGGUCGCUCACGAGGACAACUCUUCGCUGGCUCAUCACAGACAUCCGACCCACAGACAAAGACAUCAGGCUUGUCUGGCAGUGGCACAUCAUCGUCGUCACCAGAGAUCGAAAAGCUCACUCAAAAUGUAAGUAAUUUGCAGGUAUCCAUUCCCUCAGCAAGGGAGAAUAUAUCUCCAAUCCCACAAGUGCCUGAAGCAGAGCAAUUGGCAGUCCUGAAGCACGGUAACAAAGGCAGACCUGUUCCGCUCGUUUGCAACUACAUUAGACUCAAGCAAAUGGACCCAAAUAAAGGAGUAUACGAGUAUGAGGUGCGUUUCUAUCCAGAGAUCGACUCGCGCUCCAUCAGAAUUAAGCUUUUGAAUGAGCAAUCGGCAAACUUUGGAGGCACCAAGACCUUUGAUGGAGUUGUCCUUUUCUUGCCUAUUCUCUUGCCUGACAAACUCACUACCUACAUUGCAAAGAAUCCUGGAGACAACUCAGAUGUUGAAAUACGAAUCAUGUACAAGCGGAAGAAGUCCUUGAAGGACUGCAUCAAUAUGUAUAACAUCCUUUUCGACCGAAUUAUGCACACUUUAAACUACAUCCGGUUCGACCGUAAGCAGUUCGAUCCAUCGGCUCCUAAGAUAAUCCCUCAGCACAAGCUCGAGGUCUGGCCGGGCUACAUUACCGCCGUCGACGAAUACGAGGAUGGCCUGAUGUUGUGCUGUGACGUAUCCCAUCGUCUACUCUCUCAAAAGACUGUCCUGGACACUCUCAAACAGGCCUAUCAGGCAGGUGCCAGUAAGUAUCAGGAGAACGCCAAGAAGGCGCUCCUCGGGUCGGUGGUCCUUACCAGAUACAACAACAAGACCUACCGCAUCGACGACAUCUCCUUUACGAUGAGUCCCAUGUCCACGUUCCAGACGAAAACGUCCGAGAUCACCUACUGCGAAUAUUACCGAGUGCAUCACAACAUCGACAUUAGGGACAGAGCGCAGCCGAUGCUGAUAAGCAUCAAGAAGCAGCGAGUAGUCAAUCAGGCCCAGCCGGAGGAGUUGAUGUUCUGUCUGGUUCCUGAGCUUUGUUAUAUGACAGGGCUACGAGAUGAUAUGAGGUCGGAUUUUAAGAUAAUGCGAGACAUUGCGACCAUAACGCGUGUCACUCCCAAUCAGCGAUCCCUGGCGCUGGAAAAGUUCUGUCGGAAUGUGAAUGAGACCCCGGCAGCUCGGCAAAUUCUAGAGAACUGGGGUCUGCAGCUUGCUAAUGCACCGCAGGAAGUCGUGGCGCGGCAAUUUGAAGAGGAGCAGAUAUUCUUUGCUAGGAAUAAGUUCUCCGCAGGGACGCAGGCUGACUUUGGAAAAUAUGCCACCAACAAUGAACUAAUCGAUGUGGUGCAUCUACGGAAUUGGCUGGUGAUUCACUGUCAGAGUGACAAUCGCGUCGCUAAAAGCUUUAUGGAUCUCAUGGAGAGGAAUGCGCGUCCCAUGGGUAUCAAUGUUCAGCGUCCGACUGUGAUUGCCCUGCAGAACGACCGCAUCGAGUCGUACGUGGGAUGCUUGCGAGAGAACAUCCGCCAGGGGGUUCAGAUUGUCGUUUGCAUUUGUCCGACCAGUCGGGACGAUCGCUACGCCGCCAUUAAGAAAAUUUGCUGCGCUGAAAUGCCAAUUCCUUCACAGGUAAUAAAUGGCCGGACGUUGGCCAAUGACGCCAAAAAUCGCUCGAUAGUCCAGAAGAUUGCCUUACAGAUGAACUGCAAGUUGGGUGGCACCCUGUGGAGCGUGAAUAUUCCACUGAAGAACGUAAUGAUUUGCGGAAUCGAUUCGUAUCACGAUGCCAGCCAGAAGGGUAAUUCGGUGGCGGCAUUUGUGGCCUCAAUAAACGGAAAGUUCACUCGGUGGUACAGCAAAGCUGUGGUGCAGACAAAGCGAGAGGAGAUUGUCAAUGGGUUGUGUGUGUCUUUGAUAGCCGCCCUCAAGGCCUACCAAAAGGAGAACAAUAUGCUCCCCGAUAAAAUCAUAAUCUUCCGAGAUGGCGUUGGCUAUGGACAGUUGGAUUUGGUAAAUAACUACGAGAUUCCGCAGUUCGAGGCUGCCUGUGCCAAGGGCUUCCAGAAUUACUCGGCUAAGAUCACCUUCGUCGUGGUGCAGAAACGUAUCAACACGAGAAUGUUUGCGAACAACCGCGGAGAACUGUCGAAUCCGAUGCCCGGAACAGUAUUGGAUCAUACUGUCACGCAACGCUAUCUGUACGACUUCUUCCUCAUUUCACAAAUGGUCCGACAGGGAACGGUCAGCCCGACGCAUUACAUUGUAGUGAGAGACGAUUCGGACUUCGCACCCGAUAUUCUGCAAAGGCUCAGCUACAAGCUGUGUUUCAUGUACUACAAUUGGCCGGGAACGGUGCGAGUGCCUGCCUGCUGUCAAUACGCCCACAAGAUGGCCUAUCUAAUUGGACAGAGCGUGAAACGCUCGAGUGGUGAGGAGCUGGCUACCAAAUUAUUCUACCUUUAAACAUACGCUUUAACAAUUAGACGUAGAUUACCUUUUAUGAUGGUAUGACUUCGUGGUAUCCCAACUGCAAUAUAUACUUUGAAUUAAAAUAUUCGGGAGCCCGAUUUUUUUUAGUUUGUUUGUUCUUCUUUUGAGUUCUUUAAGGGUUGGUUUAUUCUUUUGAGAAAUCACCAAUAUCCACAGACAACAUAUUGUUAGAAGGCUAAAUAUUGGAAAUCUCUGAGAUCUUAGAAAUAUAAACUGGCCCACAUAUGAAAGCCUUUAAAAAAAUAAAUCUUGUUAAUUAAAUUCUCUUAAAUUAAACAAAGAAUGUUUUCUUUUUAAGUUUCCUAUAAAAAAAACUUUAUAAAUAAAAAUGUAAACAAAAAUCUAUUUUGUAGCAAAACGUUUUCCAAAAAUA